AUGUUUGUGUCACAUAAAUAUAAGGGCAGGAGUGCAUUCGUCCACCUAAACCCAAAAUUCUCCACCACUUCCCACCUGGCGGGUUGUGGUCGAGACAUAUUCGGAGUUUUCCCAGCCAACUUCUUCAAUCCGCCGAGGUGUAUGGCAGUUGUGUGUGAACUCGACUCUCCGUCUCUCGACACGGCGCUGCGUGGUUGCGGUUCUUCGGUCUUGAUCAUGCGGAGGCAAGGCGGCGGGAGUGGCAACAGGCUGUCGGACUGGCGCCGAGUCACGGGCGCGGCUGCCGCGAGCGGGCUGGCGGCGAGCGCAGAGGAGGGGGGAGCAGCGGAUGAGCGGGAAAGGGACGGGUUUGGAAGCGGGGAAGACGAUUUUGUGGUUAACGCGCCAGGGAGGGGCGCGGGCGGAGCCAGAUGGGCGGAAAGACGCGCGGCUGCCAGCGGAAGCAAUGGCGGAGGUCGUGGAGGGAGGCGCAAAGGUGGGGGAGGAGGGGGAGGCGGGAGCCGAGCAACGCGCCGAGCAGGCGGAUGUGUGACGCUACGGGGGGAGUCAGAAACGGGGGGAGGCCAUGACGCGAGCCGAGAAACGGGCCGAUUUGGUGCUUACAACGAUGGCGCGCCGGCGGCCCGAGGAUCCCUUUCCGAGUCGGCUUUCAAGACAGCGACUCGCGAGUCAUAUCAGAAUCAAGAGCAGGGUCAGUCGGAGAUUAAUGUGCUUAGGGAUAUGUUUGGUGGCGGCGCGGUAUCGGACGCGGAGAUUAGCCACGUGUACUAUCACGAGUGCCGGGGGUCUUUAGAGGCUUCGAUAGAAGCACUUUUACGGUUGGCGAACCGCGUUGACAGUACUGGAUGUGACAGUAACGAAAGUGAGCGUACGGAGCGGCAGCGUAGCGGCGUUAGUCUGGAUCCCCACCCUGCCUCCCCGUCCUCCUCCUUCGCCUUCCCCUCCGCCUCCCCUUCCGCCUUUCCCUCCGACUCCGCUUCCGCCUCCGCCAUAACCCCACCUGCCGCCCCUCCUCUCGUCUGCCCAUCCACAUCCUCCUCCCCGCCUCUCCUUCCGCCCCUUGCCGUUCCCCCGUCAUCAUCCUCCGCACACCCCUCUUCCGCGCAUCCCUAUCCGCCGCCCUCCUCCCCCGCGCUCGCGUCUCCCCCGGGCAGCGCGCCUCUGCUCGUCGCGCUGCCCUGCGACCUGCAAGAUCUCAUCCUCUCCGCCCUCGACCUCCUCUCCCUCGCGCGCCUCGCCUGCGCGUCGCGCCACCUGCGCCACCUCAUCCGCCUCCGCCGACUAGCGCUCAAGCACCUCGCGCUUCCGCGCACCCUUCCCCCGUGGGCGGCGCCCCUGUUCGUGAGGGCGCACGGGGGGCUGGAGUCGCUCAGCGUGCAGCGCCUUGGGCGCUGUGAGAUGGAUCUCCGCGCCCUGUUUGCUGCUGCUGCGGGGGUGGGGGAAGAGGAGGAAGUGGGGGGGGAGGCGGGGGAGCAGGAGUGGCGGAUGCAGGAAGGGAGGGGGGAGGGCGACGCUGACGUGGCGUGCCUGUGCGCGCUGCACCGCCGCCUUGCGUCCGUGGAUCUGUCGUCGUGCCGCCAGGUGACUGACAUGGCGCUGAUGUGGCUGGGGCAGCACGAAAGGGAGGCAGGAGUAGUGGAGGAAAGUGUCGGAAUGACAAUCAGGGGUGAGGAUAGAGUAGCCGCAGAGGCAACAGCAGCAAGUGAUGAUGCUGGGAAUACAUCUGUAGCAACUCCUGCUGCUGCCUCAUCUCCUCCCCAGGCCUCAAUCUACCUCACUCUCUCUCUGCUCUCCGUCACCUCUCUGCCUCACAUCUGCCGCUUCUCGAGUCUCUCACCCUCCUCCUCCCACACUCCUGCCCUCUCGAAGAGAUCUCUUUUUCCUGCUGCCCGGUUCUUCAGAAACUUGCCAUCCACUCGCGCUCUCUCCGGUCUCUCAACCUCGCGGGCUGCCGAAAACUUUCCUCGCUCUCCCUCGUCUGCCCGGCCCUCUCCUCCCUCAUCCUCUCCCAGUGCUCCUCCCUCGAAACAUUUUCCCCAGCUGACCGUUGCCCGUCUUUAG